AUGAAAGUUAUUAGUGGAUAUGCUUAUGAUUAUAAUGAAAAAAAUCUUUAUAUAUAUGGAAGUAGCAUUUAUGUUAUUAAUGCCUAGCUUACUCCUUAAAAAAUUGUAGACCAAAAUGGUGACUAUAUCCAAAUGAAUUAUAUGACUUUAAUAGAUAGAUAAAGCUUUGAUUUUAUUUAAUUUGAUAUUAGAGAUAGCUCUGGUUAUAUUAUAUAAUUCAUAUAUAUAGAAUAGCUAAAUUACAUAUUAUUUAACACAAGUGGCAGCUAGGAUUAAAUUUCUUUAUAUGAUGUUUCUGCUUAAUAAAAAAUUGUUACUUUAUCUGGAGUUAAAUAUAACUCAUUAGACAAUAAAAAUAUUAUUCAAGUAGAAUAUGAUGAAAGUUCUAUUAGAUAUGUAAUGUUUUUAGACGCAGAAGGAACAUUUUAUCUGUCUUCCAUAGAUCCUAAACUUCCAUUUCAAAGCUUUGUUAAAAUUAGCGAAUUUACUGAUGGAUAAGAAAAGAUACAAAAGUUUAGUUAUGACAAUAUAACUAAUGAUGUUUUUAUUUAUUCUGACUAAUAGAUUUACAAAUUUGAUUAUAACUUAUUGGGAAACCAGUAUGAACCUAUUCUAAACGAGCCACAAAGUUUGUUUGUUUAAAUAUCUAUUAAUAGUAUGCAGACUGAUUUUCUUAUUAUCAACAAAUUUAAUGUAAUCCAAAGAUAUACAGAAUAGAAAAAAUAAUAACCUAAUUUCUACUAUUUACAAGCUUGA